AAAUAUGUCAUGGCGACUUGAGUGCUACUACUCGAAGUCCAUUUUUUUUAUAGAAAGUAGAAAAAAAAUCAUUUUUGUCAACAAAGUUGAUAUUAGUGUAAUUCAAAAUAUUUAAAAAUAAUUACAAUGAACAUUUUCACCAGAGAAUGUGUGAGGAUACUUAAAACAUCGAAUAAAAGCUGUAUUAAUAGUGCGAAAACUUUUGCUUAUAAAAGUGCAGUUUCUUUGGAAAAUUUAUAUCCUAAAAGUAGUUUGAAAUUAUUUACAGCUGAUUUUGUACCAGAAGAUCCAUCUGUUAAAUUUAAUGGAUAUAUACCUAUCGAGAAACUUACUAUCACUUACAGUCGUAGUAGUGGUCCUGGAGGACAAAAUGUGAAUACUGUAAAUACUAAAGUAGAUUUAAGAUUCAAUGUAAAGGAAGCUUCAUGGUUAUCGGAUGAAAUUAAGGAAAAAUUAUUGGAACAGCAAAAAAAUAAAAUUAAUAAAGAAGGUCAUUUAAUAAUUAAAUCUGAUUUAACGAGAUCUCAACAAUUAAACUUAGCUGACGCUUUGGAAAAACUUAGAACAUUCAUAAGGAAAAGUUUGGAAGAGCCACCAAAAAUGACCGAAGAAACUGCAGAGGUUAUAAGAAAGAGACAACUCAAAGCAGCGAGAGAAAGAAUUUUUGUAAAAAGAAUACGUUCACAGAUAAAGCAAAACAGAACAGGUGUAUCUAAUAAAGAACUAUAUGAGUAAAAGAAUUCAUACAAAAAUCUGCUUUAACAUAUAAAAAAAAAUGAUAAUAGAAACAUGUAAAUAUGAUAAUAGAAAUGAAUAAAACAAAAAUUUUGUUCUAUA